AAAAUUCAGGCUUGGACACGAAUGUAAAACUGUCAAACACACUUUUUGUUAUGUUUAUAUAUGUGUUGUAGAAUAUAGUUAUAUCACACGUAUUUUAGUGCCUUGGGUAAAGCGGGACGGACUAGCUCAUUAGCCGCUAACCCCUCUGUAGCCGGCGUUCCGUGACGCACCAGAAAAUGAUGUAACUGACCGGUUUUUUAGUCUGUUACUUUCAACAGAACAACGUGAAAAGGAAGUUUAUGAACCGCGUGCGGGGGGAACAUUCUCACGCUUUUUGUUGAAUUCAUGGCUCGGUUUCGUCGGUGAAAAGACAGCGGCACACUGCCAGUAACUUAUAGUUCUUUCUCCGCUCGACUCAGUCACAGUCAAUAAUGAAUCCAACUCGUCGCUGUUCGGCUUUAUUGAGCCAGCUGUGUGUCUCUUCGCUGGGGGGGCCGACUACCAGAAGACCGUUCACACCGGCAGCGGUCUCAGCCCCGGCGGUAGCGCGGCGCUGUGAGACCGGUGUCCGAGGAGGAAGAGGGGGUGCCAACGGGACCGGUGCCCAACUGAAGCCGAGCGGAGCGUCCACACCUGGGGCAGCAGCAGUUUGUCCAAUGGGAGGCAGCAACAGCAGCAGAUUGUUCGGUACGAUGGCCCAGUCCCUCAACAGCGCCCCCCUGGCCCACCCAGAGACAUACCCGGAGGAGAACCCAGACCAGGAGGAAAUGGCUCAGAUGGACCCAGACCAGCUGCUCAGAGAGUGUGAGGAGGCCCUGCUGAGGCGUCCAGCCAGGCCACACCGGGACCUGGUCUAUCCCAGUGGCACAGCGCCCUGCGGCCACAAGCACAACCCUUCCAUCAGAGUCAUGCAGUGGAACAUACUGGCACAAGCUCUGGGUGAGGGGAAGGACGGCUUCAUUCGUUGUCCACUGGAAGCUCUUAAGUGGCAGGAAAGGAAGUACCUGAUCCUGGAGGAGAUCCUCACCUACCGCCCCGACAUCCUGUGCCUACAGGAAGUGGAUCACUACUACGACACUUUCCAGCCCAUCUUGGCCAGCCUGGGUUACCAUGGCAGCUUCCUGGCCAAACCAUGGUCCCCCUGUCUGGAUGUAGAGCAGAAUAACGGCCCCGACGGCUGCGCUCUGUUCUACCGCCGCUCUCGCUUCUCCCUCCAGUCCACAGCUCACCUGCGACUGUCGGCCAUGAUGCUGCCCACCAACCAGGUAGCCAUCGUGCAGACGCUGCACUGCCGGGUAACAGGCCGGCGGCUGUGUGUGGCCGUCACACAUCUGAAAGCUCGCAGUGGUUGGGAGAGGCUGCGGAGCGCGCAGGGAGCCGACCUGCUGCAGCGCCUGAGAAGCAUAACGUGUGGGAGCGGCGGACAGAGCGAGACGGUGUCCUGCAAAGACCCGUUAGUGGUUUGCGGGGACUUUAACGCAGACCCCUCAGAGGAUGUUUACAGACGCUUCAGCUCUUCCCCCCUCGGACUGGACUCUGCCUACAAGCUGCUGAGCUCUGAUGGACAGACGGAGCCGGCCUACACCACCUGGAAGAUCCGCCCCUCUGGAGAGAGCUGCAGCACACUGGAUUACAUCUGGUAUUCCCAGGAGGCCUUAGGUGUGGAAUGCCUGUUGGACAUUCCCAAUGAAGAGCAGAUCGGUCCAGACCGCCUCCCCUCUUUCCACUACCCCUCUGACCACUUAUCACUGCUCUGUGACAUCAGCUUCAGGGAGGAGCCUCAUAGGUUGAUGUAGGCUGUCAAUCACAGCAGCUCUGGACCAACUGGAGGACUGAUUUUAAUCUGUUUUAAAGAUAGUCAUGAUGGGACACUGGGACAUCAGUCCUGCAGGUAUACAUGAUUCCUAGUUUUAGUGAGAAGUUGGGAUUUGAUGGAGUGGAGAUGGGUGGGCUUUAGAGUUACACUGAAGCAAUAAAAUACUCUUUGUAUUCAAAAGUGUUUUUGAAGUCUAAACUUUAACUAAACUUUCUGUUUGUUUAACUGAACUUCAGCUGAGGUGGCAGCUAAUGGCUGCAGGUUGUCCUCCAGCACAUGAAAGCAGCUGCAGUUAUUUAUUGUUUCCAAUAUUCACACAAGACUGUAGUAACUUAAUUUUAUUAAAUUAUUCUUUCUAUUCUAUCAGUAGGUUAUAUUGUAAUAAACAUAUAGAAUGCACUUAAGUUAUCCUCAAUGGUUUUCAGAUUGAUAUUGCUUAUCAUGACGGUGUUGUUGCUGUGGCUACAUUGAACAUGAGGAGAAAUAUUAAUAUAUAAUAAAGUCAUUAUUUUUACG